ACAUGCAACGUGGGCAGGGCUUUGUUGGUGGCUCUCUCUCACCCAUUCAUCUAGACACCGAUGAAUGCAGGGAGGGUCAGGAUAGAUGGUUUCCUGAAAUUGUGGCUGGCACUUUCACCCUCUGGAGCAAUGCAUGGAAGCAGAGGUAUCAGGUCAAUGAAAGAGAUCACAGUCUGAAGGGAGGAAAGCCCAAACCUGGACUUUCUAUUCAAAGAAGUGGCAACAGAGAGCUGGAGCAGAGGUUUGCAGCAGAAAGGUGGCAGAGAACCCAGGCAGGUCGCGGCUGACGUCGCCGCCCAGAUGGCCUCCAGGCUGACCCCGCUGACCCUCCUCCUGCUGCUGCUGGCUGGGGAUCCAAAGAGCACUCAAGGAGAAAGUAUCCCAGAGGGAGAUGCCCCCAAGAGUCUGCCCACUCAGCGCUCCAUGGAGUCUUCCACCUGGCAUCCAGAGAAAAAUGUCUCUGAGAAUCUAUCCACUCAACUCUUCAUGAAUUCUUCCGCCUGGCCAAAAACAGACUCAGACACCAAAAUAACAGCAAAUACCAUGAAUGAGCUCACCACCCAACCCUUCACCCAGUACACCCAAUCAACUAUGCCGCCUACCACCGAGCCCAUCUGCCCAGGGCCUGUUCUGUGCUCUGAUUUUGACAGGGUUUCCACAGAGGCCACAUUGAGGGAAGCAUUAAUGAAUUUCUCCCUGAAGCUCUACCAGGCUUUCUCAGCCACCAAGAAGGCUGACACCAAUAUGGCCUUCUCCCCAUUCAGCAUUGCCAGCCUCCUCACACAGGUCCUGCUUGGGGCUGGGGACAGCACCAAGAGCAACCUGCAGAGUGUCCUCUCCUACCCCAAGGAAUUUGCCUGCGUGCACCAAGCCCUGAAGGCCUUCACGUCCAAAGGCAUCACCUCAGUCUCUCAAAUCUUCCACAGCCCAGACCUGGCCAUAAGGGACACUUUUGUGAACAUCUCUCAGAGCCUGUAUGGCACCAGCCCCAGAGUCCUGGGCAAUGACAGUGAUGCCAACUUGGAGCUCAUCAACACUUGGGUGGCUGAGAAUACCAACCACAAGAUCAGCCAACUACUAGACAGCCUGCCCUCCGACACCCGUCUUGUCCUUCUCAAUGCCGUCUACCUGAGUGCCAAAUGGAAGAAAACAUUUGAUCGAAAGAAAAAGAUGGAGUCUUUCUACUUCAAAGAGUCUGUGAUACAAGUGCCCAUGAUGAGCAGCAAAAAGUAUCCUGUGGCCCAUUUCACUGACCCAACUUUGAAGGCCAAGGUGGGGCAGCUGCAGCUCUCCCACAAUCUGAGCUUUGUGAUCAUAGUACCUCAGAGCCUGAAACACCAUCUUGAGGACAUGGAGCAGGCUCUCAGCCCCACUGUCUUCAAGGCCAUCAUGCAGAAGCUGGAGCUGUCCAAGUUCCAGCCCACUUACCUGAUGAUGCCCCGCAUCAAGGUGAAAAGCAACCAAGACAUGCUGUCGAUCAUGGAGAAACUGGAAUUCUUUGACUUUACUUAUGACCUCAACCUGUGUGGGCUGACAGAGGACCCGGACCUUCAGGUGUCGUCCAUGCAGCACCAGACGGUGGUGGAAUUGACUGAGACAGGUGUGGAGGCAGCUUCAGCCUCUGCCAUCUCUGUGGCCCGCAAUCUGCUGACCUUUGAGGUGCAACAGCCCUUCCUCUUCCUGCUUUGGGACCAGCAGCACAAGUUUCCUGUCUUCAUGGGGCGGGUGUAUGACCCCAGGGUCUGAGACCUGCAGGGUCAAGCUGGGCCAACCCUGCCACCCAAGCCACAGCUCUCCUGGUUGCAGCCCUGCUAUUACCUGCUUAAAGGGCUCCCUCAGGGUCUGGCAAAGGGAUUUGUUUUCAUCAACCCAUCCCCAUGGCCCUGUCAUGCUCUCCAAAUCACUUCUUGCAGCUUUUGUUCAUUCAAGUUCACCAAACUCUACAAUAAAAUCUGAAGA